GUUAGCUGUCACUGUCACACUGAUGUAUGUCACUGUGUCAUUUAGCGCUAGCUGUGGUGGCUUGCUAUUUAUUUUAAAAAUUUGCCCUUUAAUUAAUCAAAGGCUAUACAAACUCAACAAUAACUUUUCUAAUUGAAAUGAAAUUGUAACGCACGAAAUAGAGCCUCAAGGAUAAUACUAUAAGUGUUUUUUAGAAGAAAAAUAAAUAUGUCGUUGGAAACCGUGCCAAAGGAUCUUCGAGGAUUGCGAGCUUGUUUAGUUUGCUCGUUAAUAAAGACAUUUGAUCAGUUUGAAUAUGAUGGCUGUGACAACUGCGAUGAAUUUUUAAGAAUGAAAAAUAACAAAGACAAUGUCUAUGACUGCACUAGCAAUAAUUUUGAUGGAAUGAUAGCUGUUAUGAGCCCUGAAGAUAGUUGGGUGUGCAAGUGGCAACGCAUUAGUCGAUUCUGCAAAGGAGUUUAUGCCAUAUCAGUGUCUGGCAGACUACCAGCUGGGGUCAUCAGGGAAAUGAAGAGCCGUGGCUAUGUGUACAGACCCAGGGAUACGAGUCAAAGAUAAAUUAUAAUACCUCUUUAAUAUUAAGUAAUUAUAAUAAUAAAACAUUAUACUUAU